GAGACAUCAGAAGUUAAGCGUCUAAAUUUGGAUUUUCUCCCUAUUCAUUGACUGAGUCUUAAUUUCCCAAUUUGAGACCAUUUUAUCGGUAUGUAUCUAUUAAUAAUUGGAAUCAGAACUAUUGACAUUUGAAUAGUGAUUACUCACUCCUAACCAACUCUCCUUCAUCUAUAUCUCUCUGUACUUUUUUAAAUGGCGAAAUUGAUUUUUCCUUCUCUCCUUUUGCUAUCCUCACUUUCUCUCGUGUUACUGUUUACACCUUCCCGGAUGUCCGCCCAAUCCUCCCACUCCGACUCCGAUUCCCCGGCGGUCCAUAUCGUUUACGUGGAGAAGCCUCGUGAUGAACAACCUGAGGCCUAUCACAUCCGAAUCCUAACUUCUGUUCUCGGCAGUGAAGAAGCUGCCAGGGAAGCUCUUUUGUAUAGCUACAAGAAUGCUGCUAGUGCCUUCUCUGCUAGUCUUACUCCCCAUCAGGUCGCCCAGCUUGCCAAACAAGAAGGAGUUUUACAAGUUGUUCCAAGCCGUACUCUUCAGCUGCAUUCAGGGCCUUCCCACCUUCACUAGAUGAACAUCAAACUCUUGAAAAGACCUUAAUACCUAAAUAAAGUUUAUCUAUAUUUUGCUUGUGGAAUAA